UGGUCCUAUACCCAAACACAGACAGAUCUACUCUUAUACAGACUUUAAAUAUGGAUGAUAUAAAGGACAUAAUUGAUUCUUCAAUAAACAAAGAUACAUAUUGUAGUCAAAUCACCAAUAGUAACAGUGAAACCAUUAGUGGAAGAGAACGUUCCUGCUUUGAAGGACAUACAGAGGAAAAUCAGAAAACCAUUCGUCGGUCAACUCAACGGAAUUUUCCUGAAGCAGAUGCUUAUUUACUUGAGCCACAUGGAAACUGUCUCGAAAAACAUGACAUGUUGUCAGAACUGGAUAUUAAUUUUGAUUAACCCGAAAGCAAUUUACCAAAAGAGCUUAACAAUUUGUCCGAUUAAAAUUUAACUUCACCUGAAUUCGCUGUUGAUAUAAAUACUGAAAGUGAUCUGGUUAAAGAUAAUUAACGUAUUUGCAGUCUUGGAAGAACAUGACGACGAUGUUCCCGAAAUAGAUGUUUUUGAACACAGAAGACACAAAAACAAUAAACAAAUUGAUGAAAGAACUUAUGACGCAGUGAAGGAGAGCAAAAAGAGACCAAAGAAAUCAAAAACAGAAUUUAAAGAGGGACAAGACAUUCCGGCCGAUUUAACCUGCGGCAUAUGUUUGGAGCUAUACUACAAUCCACAUCGCCUUGAUCCAUGCAAACACAUUUUCUGUGAGAAUUGUUUACGCCGCAUGUGUAGGCAAAACCCAACGCUUACAAAAUGUCCAAUAUGCAGAAACGUGAUUCGUAAAUGUGUCGCUGACAAGGAUUUGACACAGAAGAUCCUGAAACAGCAUGGACGUCUUUAUAAACAGAGAGCCCGUGUUAUUUCUCGGAAAAAGAAAAUAUUCCGAUUGCCAUUUUGCAGCAGAACUCAGCGUGAAGUGGGUCUGCAAGGGCGCGGAUACGGCCCCCUUACAUUUCCGAAAUUCAUAAAUGCACUGGAUGUUAUUAUUUUUGUGAACAUUUUCAAACGACUUUUUUGGGUACUCCUGUUAAUAGCAAUAAACAACAUUCUCUAUAAAUUGGAUAUGCUCCUAUAUACUAAUGUUGGAAGUAUAUGCUCCGAUUUCAGACGAAAUACAUUCCUAUCUCUCAACACUUAUAGGUAACCUUUUUAUGUUUGGGAUAAAGUAUGUUUUGACGAAGUUUUUAAAAGCUGCCUUUGAUCAAACUAUAGGGCAUAUUGUUUCAUUUGUAUUAAUAAUUUCUGUAUUAUUAGAUGGCAGUUAGCAUCACAAGAAUACAUUGAAUCAAAAUUUAAAUUAAUGAUUACUGAGGAUCUGCUUGGUAAGAAGCUCAAAGACCUAGAAAAAGUCAUUAAACUCCAAGUGCAGAAGGAACUAGAUAGUAUACAUAAAGAAGUGAAGGUAGUAAGUGAUGGGGUUAAGUCGAUAGAAGAUGUUAUAGAAACUCUGAGAAAUAAAGUAUCAGAUUUAGAAGUAAAAACCGAUCAACUGCAGGAAGGAAACCAUCAGUUACUACAUAAAAACAAAACGCUUCAAGAGCAAAUAGAUGAAAGGGAAGUUAAAGUCAAAUCAUUGGGAGAAAAGAACAAUCAUCUAGAACAGUAUACGCGAUGUAACAGCGUCAGAAUUUACGGAGUUGCAGACGAUGUCAGUGAAACCUACAAGGACACAUGUAAGAAGGUAAUUUCAAUUAUUUCCGAUAAGCUACAAAUAAAAGUCGGAAAUGGGGACUUUGACAUCACACAUAGGAUCGGGAAAUUCCGAAGUGAUGGGAACAGGCCCAUCAUAUGUAAGUUUGUACAGAGAUAUCUCAAACAUGAAGUAUUGAAAGCUCGCAGACAACUUAAGGGUUCGUUCAUCGUCAUAAGAGAAGACCUCACACGGGUCAACGCAAAACUUCUAGAAAACACCUCCGCACACGAUCAGGUGAAGGCUGCCUGGAGCGAUGAAGGCAGAAUCGUGGCAUAACUGAAUAACAAUAAAAAACUAGUUGUAUCUCGUCUAAGUGAUCUGGAUAAAGUGCCCGUCGGGUUCUCAGGAACUGUGAUACCAAGCACGGAAUCUAAGUGACUUUGUGUCGUUUGGUAACUAUUCAUACAUGUAUAGACUGAUAGAUAUAGCACGAAUGUGUAUAUGUUUACAUUUAUUUGACUUAUAUUUUGUUGGGAAAAUGUUCAAAAUUGUGUAGUUUUCAUAUAUAGAUAUAUAUAGUACGUUUUGACUAUUUUUUUAAAAUUUAUUUUUUGACUUUCUAUCAAAUAUGAAUUACGCGGCUAUGCGUUACUGUGUCUCUCUACCCUAGGAAGAAUACGUGAACAUUAAUUGUUUCUAUUAAAAUAUUGUUUACAUUAAACAUGUGCGGUAGUGUUUACUUGUAUACUGCCCCUCUUGGGUAAUUUCACUUUCGAUACCGUGAUGCCGCAUUUUAUAUUGUUUACAUUAAACAUGUGCGUAAGCACGUGGUAGUGUUUAUGUUUAUACUGAGCCUGUUGAGUAAUUUCACUUACCAUACUGUGAUUGGCUGAUGCACAGGGUAAAGCGCAAACAGCGCCACCGGAUAAAAAUGGCUGCGCCCAUGCCACAGGUAUUGUAGCAGCCCAAAAUUUAGUCAUCAGCCAAGCUUAUCAGCCAAGGCUAUAUUUCUGUCAUGAGCCAACUGAAAAUGAAUGUUAAUGAAUUUAAUUACUUAAAAAUGGUUAUAUAUCUAUGAAUAAUCUUUUAAGUGUUAUAUUUUUGCUGAAAUUGUUAUUAUUUAAAUAAUUGUUAUGAUGUUUACAAAAUUAGCCUGCUUUGAGGGACUAGUAAUUAAAAGGUACGGUAGAUUUUAAAGCG